CUUGUUAAUGUAUUUCAAAUUUGUUGCUGAUCUAUCAGAAAACUAAGGAUUUGUAGACCUGUGUGAGCUUUGUGAUGGCAACUGAACUGAAAGCAGCUACUGAGGAAGUGAAAGUUGACCUCUUUGAGGAUGAUGAUGAGUUUGAAGAGUUUGAGAUUGAUGAAGAAUGGGAAGUCAAGGAAGGUAAAGAAAUUACUCAGCAGUGGGAAGACGACUGGGAUGAUGAUGAUGUCAAUGAUGACUUCUCGUUGCAGCUUAAGAGAGAACUGGAGAGCAAUGCGGAGAAAAAAUGAAGAGACACUUGACACUUGCUUUUUUAUCUGCCAACAUCUAUGUUUUAUUUGUGCUGUUUGACCCUCAAUAUGGUUUUAUUAUGCCUUCUAUCUUUGCAAUUAGUGUCAUGAAUAUGCUUAGCCUGAAUCGGAAACAUUGUAAGCAUUUAAGAUCAGCAUAUUGAGCACCUAUUGACGCAAUACUAGAGGUGAAGGGAGAAGAUUCAAAUUUUAUUCGAUGAAAUUUUAUAGAGUCGAGUAAUUGUUCCAUUAUACUAAUCAAGGUACCAGUCUGCUCGUUGUGUUUAACCGAUUCAAAUUGUGAAGUUCUACGCAAAAAUUCUAAAAUCACAACUCAUUAUGUCAAUUUAAUAACCAUAACAUUUUAUACUAAUCUUAUUCAGGAACAUAGCUGACAAGCCAUUGUCUUUGUCUGGCAGGCUUCAUCCCACCACACCAUGAGCCCAUCUUGCUGAGUGCCAACAUCUUAAGGCAGAAGAAAGGAAAGCCUUUUUUUUCGCUUAUUUCUGGUCAGAGCAUUGGAAAUCCUUUGCAACAAAGCUCAUACAGUGAUGAUGGGGGGAAGAAAGGUAAAGGUAAAGUUCAUUUAAUUGUUCACUUUAUUAUCUCCACUGGGUAAAGAAAGUAUUGUCCUCAAAUAAAGGGAGGGACACUCUAAAAGCAAAAGAAAAAGGUAUGUAUCCUUCUCAUUUGUUUUCUUUCAUACUAAGAAAAUUAGGUGCUAAAUACUUGGAGAAGCUUAACAUUAACUAAGAGGACACUCAAAAAGCAAAAGAAAAAUGCUCCAAACUCUAUCAGAUUCAUAUUGUUGUCAUUUGCUUUCUUUCAAACUAAGAAAACUGAAUGUUAAAUACUGACGAUAGAACCUUGCCAUCACCAUAUUUUUUGUCUGCUAGGAUUGAACUACCAUGGUAACUCAGAAACGAAAGGUGAGAUUCAAUGUCGGAGGCAAGAUAUUCGAAACAACAGCGACAACCCUUUCGAAUGCUGGUGAAAAUUCGUUAUUCAAAGCUAUGUUGGAUGGUGCCUGGACAGCACAAUACGAGGAAUUUGGAGAAUAUUUCAUUGAUAGAGACCCUGCUUGCUUCCAUGUCCUUCUUCAUCUUCUUCGAACUGGUCAGCUUCUUGUUCCUCCAACCAUUCCCGACACGCUUCUCUUUAGAGAAGCUCAUUACUAUGGACUUCUAGACCAGGUUCGCUCUGCCAGAAGCGUCGAGUUAGACGGUGAAAAUCUCAAACUUGCAUCCUCCAUAACUGGUCGAACUUUGUUGCAAGAUCAUUCAUUAAUAAGAGCAAGUGCCAAUGGUAGUUGCUCAAUUGCCAAUGGCAGAGUUUUCCAUGUCUACGAUUGGAUGCUCCAAGAACUCUCAAUUGCAAAUCUUGAUUAUAUGAAGAUUGUGGACAUGGAGUGGUAUGAUUCAACAAGCAUCUUAAUCAGUGGCCGAAAGCACUCAAAUCCAAACACUGGUGGCGAUGGUGGCGGUGGAAUUGGUCUCUUCAAUCCACAAACUGCUAAACUUCAACAUAAAUUUAAGCUCACUCAAACUUCAUCUUCUUCUUAUAGAUCUCAUGGAGGAGACAAUCAAUUUUCAAGAACAACACCCGGAAAUCUAGCGAUCAACAACUCAAACGACAAAAUAUUUUGUUGCUGUAAACAUGAUUCAUACACAAAGGUGGGUGGCAUUGGAGCUUGGGAUACAACAACAGGGCAGCAGAUUGAUUUCUUAGAAGGUGGACAUAACAGUGAGCUUCACAACACCUUCAAGCUUCAAUGGCUGCCAAGUAACAAGUGUUUAGUAGCAGCAAUACGUAGCCCACAAAGCAAUAGAAUAAGCAUAUUUGAUCCAAGAAUGAAAGAAAUGCAUUCAGGUCAUUGGGAGCACAAUCCAUACAAACUGAAACAUCGAGGAGCAUUAGUAGAUGCAAUGGGGAUUGAGGAAAUGAACUGUGUCUGUGUAAUAGACGAGAACGGUUUUUUCGGUUUUUUCGACUUGAGAGGGCUCGGAGGUGAGUCCCAAAUGAACAGAGCUUGGUGGAGCUCUGAAGAAGAAGAGAAAAGGGAACGGUUCCCUUUGCCAGGGGAGAUGGUGCACAUUGUAGCUGGUGGAAAGCCGAAGCUGGGAUGGCAUGGAGGGAAGCUGUUUUGCUCUACAAAUAGUGCCAUUUCAGUGUAUUGUGGGUCUGGAUUUGAAUGGGAAUUGGCUUCUCAAGUUGAACCCAAAAAUGGAGGAUUCAUUCAGGACUUCUCCAUUGGAGGGGACAGGUUAUUUUCACUUCAAGCUUUGCAAUUUAAUCACUAUAAUAUCAAUGUAUGGGAGACACCACCGUCGCCCUUGCCGCCGCUAUUUAUAUAGCCAAUAAGUUAUUGAACUGAUUGUUGUUUUGAGAAACUUUUUAAGCAUAUUAUAUUUUUUAUUUAGUC